GGUUUUUUCUUGCGCUUCAACACGAAUGAAGCGAAUCGAGGCGGGGUUCAUAUAUUAGAUAACCGAAGUUGGCAUAUUGCUUACCAGCUAGCAAUUCGAGUGACGCAGACGGGCUCGAUAAAUGGCAAUGAAACAAAGAGUUAUUAAAACGUUAAGUGCACCGAAGAUAGGAUUAUCUUCUUGAAGUCCUGACUAAGUUAAUGUCAUAACAGCGCCGGCGUAUUUAAGGACCAGUAAGAUGCAGGGCAAACAGACUCUUCUCCGAGCCCUGAAGCUAAACCCAUCUGGAGCAGCCAUGCGUGUGAUCGUCUUCGCCCUCCUGCUAACUCCAUCGUUGGCCUCGUGGGAAAAGGACUGCGGCCGGCCGGCCGUUCAGCCGUCCCUCGACUCCGGGGACCGACUCAUCGGCGGACGAGCGGCCCUUCCCGGGAGCUGGCCCUGGCAGGCGUUUCUUCCCAUCCUGCCCACAGAUCACUGCGGUGGAUCCCUGAUCGACGACCAGCAUGUGAUCACCGCCGCUCACUGCGCAGUUAUUCCAGCAGCGUGGAACAUGACGGUGCAUCUCGGCUCACACCUGCGAACAGUGAAAGAAGACUCGGAAAUGCACAUCGGCGUUCAAGAUAUCUGCGUCCACCCCGGAUUUUUUAAUGGCGAGAGAACGGGUCGCACAACAGAUAUUGCGAUCAUCAAGCUGCAUCACAAGGUAAACUUUACCGACGCUAUUCGUCCGAUCUGCUUGCCAGAAAACGGCCAGAAAGUGUCAUCGGGAACCGAGAUGUACGUUACUGGCUGGGGUUACAGAAAAAGUUAUCGUGCAGAUGCCCCCAAUGAACUGCAUCAGCUCAUGAUUAAGGCGAUCUCCAAUGAAGGUUGUAGCAAAGAUUUUGACGACAAAAUCAACGCUGGUGUGUUUUGCGCAUCCCAUGACCAUGGGUCCAUCUGUGGGGGCGACAGUGGCAGCCCCGCCGUGCAGUACGCGAACGGGUGCUGGACGCUGCAUGGCCUUGUCUCCGGAGGACCCUACAUGUGCUCCGAUAGGCACUGGCCGCAAUAUUUCACCCAGGUCUCUAACUACGUCAAGGACUUCAUCGUGCCCUAUGUGGAGCAGGGAAUCUGCCCUCGGCCUGGCGGCAACUAAUAAAAGCUGACUUUAGUUUCGA